GCCUGGAAGCAACUGCAUCGCGACCUUUUGUGUGGCCGCCAUGAGCGAAUACGACGAGUCUUUUGAAGAGCUCGAUGAGCCGCUUGACUCGGAGCCGGACGAGAUAUUGGCAUCGGAGCCAGAUGAAGUGCUUGCAUCAGAGCCAAACGAACGUAUCACCGCCGAGCCCGACGACUAUGGCGACGAAGCAUCGACGUACCAAGACGACUCGUUCGUGGCCGAGAGCCAGAGUCCGCACAAGCCAACGACCGCUGCCUUUGCUGUCGGCGAUGCCGUUGCUGUGUAUUGGGCUUCGGAAGAAGUGUGGUUCCACGGGCGUAUCCAAGACGCCAACCACCCAACGUACUUUGUCGCGUACGAGGACGGCGACGGCCAAUGGGAGGACGUACAGACGAUCCGGCGGGCAACAGCGCCGGAAGCCGCCGCGCCACCGCCAGCGCCGACCUCGACCACGACGCCGCCAGCCUUUCUCGAGCGCCGCAAUGACGUGCCGUUCCGCGUCUUGACACCGCGCGCGUACACGAUUGUGGCGGAGCACUCGACGACGGAGAAGAUCGCUCGUCCCUACCGUAGCGUCGCGCUGCACCCAUCAAGCUCGAGCACGUACCUGACGCCACGCCGUCGCAACGAAUCGCCACCGCCGCAGUGCGCCUGCCAGUGCUAUCACUGGUCAACGCCGCUGGCGCACGCAGAAAUCCGGAUACCCAGCCCCUACAAGGAGCUCGAACCGCCGAUGGUGCUUGCCGUCGCGAGUCAAGAGACGCAGACGGUGUGUCCGUGUGCGAUGAGUCCGCCAUCGUCGUCGUCCAAAGUCGACCAACCGUGGUCCGCACAGAAGGGCAACAUCGAUAUCUCAGAAAAUGGUCGCGCCAACUAACUUCAACGUGCGCCUCGGUCCGACGGCUCGU